AUGGCGGCGAAACGACCACCGAAAGGAGGGAAAGGAGGAGGAGUGCUCGCCGACAAGGAGUUGAGAAAUUAUUUGAUGAGCACGCACUUCUGGGGACCGGUGUUCAACUGGAUGAUACCCAUAGCAACCAUAUCCGACACGCAAAAGCAUCCGAGAAUCAUUAGCGGCAAAAUGACUUUCGCAUUGGCCCUGUAUUCGAUGGUGUUCAUGCGAUUUGCCGUCAAAGUGAAGCCUCGGAAUCUGUUGCUCUGCGCCUGCCACUUCGUCAAUUCGGCUGCACAGCUUACGCAAGGCUACAGAUUCGUCAACUACCAUUAUAUGACCGAUCAAAAAGACCCUCCUGCCAAUGCGGGGUAUAAACUGAGACGGAGAUGA